CCAUCUUGGUUACAAACACAAACAAGCGGCGAGAGGAGGAAGGAGCGAGAGACGCGGAGCCGCGGACGCCGCUGCGGCUUCUCCCCCUCCCGGCCCCCCUCCUCCUCCUCCCCCCCGCCCGGAGCAGCCGAGUUUCUCUGCUUGAAUUGAGCCCCAGACUCUGCUGUGGGGUCCUUUGGGGAAGUCGCCUGUUGCCGUGGGGCAAACUGGGCUCCAGGAGCGGCCUCUCGCCCGAACGUACACGUUGGAGGCUGGCUUGUCCUUCCUUUUCUGCCCGCCGUUCGCUCUCCCCCCCUCCCCCGUCACCGUCCUCCUCGGGGGCUCUAAAGGGAGCAGGACAUCGCGAAGAGGUCCACUGCUAUUGGCCCUGGCCCCCGACCAGGAAGAGUGACCCUGGGCACAGAUUGGUUAGGAUACAAAAUAGGUCAUUGCAGAAGAGAAGUAAGAAAGAAGGCAGUCACCAGAGAGGUCGCCACCGAGGAGAAGCAGGAUGGCAGCCGAGACACUGAACUUUGGGCCAGAGUGGCUUCGUGCGCUCUCUGGUGGCGGGAGCGUCACUUCCCCUCCACCUUCCCCUGCCAUGCCAAAGUACAAACUAGCCGAGUACCGAUAUGGGCGGGAAGAGAUGUUAGCACUUUACGUCAAGGAGAACAAGUCCCCAGAAGAAAUCCAAGAUAAAGAGUUCUCUGCUGUUCUCCAGGACGAUCCUCUGCAGCCGCUGGCAUUGGUGCCAUUAACAGAGGAGGAGCAGAGGAAUUUCUCCAUGUCUGUGAACAGUGUUGCAGUGCUGAGGCUGAUGGGAAAGGGGAGUGGGGCUACCCCAGUGGGCGUCUCCCGUGGGAGAGGCAGCGCACGGAGCCGAGGCCGAGGCCGGGGCGAAAGCGGCUUUUACCAAAGAAGCGUAGAGGAGGCAGAAGGAGCGUUUGGUCGUGGAAGCGGCCGGGAGAUCCACCGCAGCCAGAGCUGGGAUGACCGAGGAGAACGUAGGUUCGAGAAGCCCAUCCGCAGGGAAGGAGCUCGGGCCCCAUUCGAAGAGGGAGUCCCCCCAGGGCGCAAAGACUUUGCCCGUUCGGACAGCGACAACUGGCGCACCCUGCGGGAGGAGCACGAGGGCGAGGAGGAGACGGCUGCUGCUGCUGCUGCGGGCUCAGGGGGCAGCUGGCGGCAGAGCGGAGGAACCCGGCGCGAGAACGAGCGCUGGCGGUCGGCCAGCCCAGAUGGGGGGCCUCGGUCGGCCGGGUGGCGUGAACACGGUGGAGAAGGGCGCCGGCGGAAGUUUGACUUCGACUUCCGGGACCGAGAGGACGAGCCCCGGAGCGGGCGCCGCCACCGCCAGAACAGCGACAGCUUUGAAGAGGACAAAGACGGCCUGCCAGAGUGGUGUCUGGAAGACGAGGAGGAGGAGAUGGGGACGUUUGACUCCUCCGGGGCCUUCAUGCCUCUUAAGAAGAGCCCCAAAGAGCCCAUCCUGGAGGACCAGGAGCUGAAUUUCCUUCCCCUGCAAGAGGAGGACGAGGAGGAGGAGGAGGACCUGCUGGAGGCCAAGGACAGCGAGAAGGGAGAGAGCGGCAACGGCCCUGUUGCUCCCCCACUCAAGGAAGGGGGAGAGAGAGAGCGGAUGGAGCUUCAGCUCGUGCCUGACGAGAAACCAGCGGCUCCUCCGGGGGCCCUGUGGCGCUCCGGCCCCCCUUUCUCCACGGCUGCCGAUGCUGCUCCCAUGGGUGAAUGCGAGGGGGCCGUGCCGGGGCCCGUCUCCAAAGCAGAGGGGUCGGUGGCGGCGGCUGGAUGCAUCAAGGACAUGGAAACUUCAAAUGGAGCUCCAGGCAUGCUGAGCCACCCGGCUCGUAUCAGCUCUGCGGCAGGGCCGGCCAUUUCCUCGUCCACAGCUGUUACUGCUGCUGCGACUGAAUUCACAGUUGGGGACAACGAGGACGAGGAUGGAAUGAAGCAUCUGCAGCAGGAAGCAGAAAAGAUGGUGGCUUCCUUGCAAGACAGCUCCCUGGAGGAAGAGCACUUCACGCAGGCCAUCGGGGACCACCGCAACACUGCCGCGGCCCUGCCCCUCUCCCACGAAGCUGCCAUGAAGUGGUUCUACAAGGACCCGCAAGGGGAGAUCCAAGGCCCUUUCGCCACCCAAGAGAUGGCCGAGUGGUUCCAGGCCGGCUACUUCACCAUGUCCCUGCUGGUGAAGCGAGGCUGUGACGAGGGCUUCCAGCCCCUGGGCGAAGUCAUAAAGAUGUGGGGAAGAGUGCCUUUUGCUCCGGGCCCGUCGCCGCCCCCGUUACUGGUGAGGAGGGAGAGGGCCACAGGGGUGCUGAAGGUGCUUGCAGAGGGACAGGGACCAGACUGGGCAAAGCCGGGGCUGGCCCACCUGCGCCCGCACCACAAGCGCCCAUUUGGAGCAGCGCUGAAGCAGAGCGUGACACGUGAGGGAAACAUGGACCAGGAGCGCCUGAAGAAGCAGCAGGAGCUGGCCACCGCCACCCUCUACCAGCAGCUCCAGCACCAGCAGCUGCUCCAGCUGGCCAACAGUAGGCAGCAGUAUGCCCAGUGUUCCCUCCAGCAGAAGGUGGCAUCGGGGGACCUGACGCAGCAGCAGCUGACCACCUUCCUGCAGCAGCUGCAGGCUCUCAAGCCCAGGGCUGGAGAGCAGGGGAUGAUCCCUUCUCUGAACCGAUCAGUUUCUGUGCCAGACACCGGGUCCCUGUGGGACACACAUACCUCAGCCUCAUCACAAGCAGGUGGUGAAGCCAACUUGUGGGAUAUUCCCAUUAGUUCUUCAACUCAGGGUCCAAUCUUAGAACAACUUCAACUGCAGCAUAAGCUACAGGAGCGGAGAGGCGCUGAACUCAGAGCCAAGCGAGACGAGGAUGAGCGCAAACGGCGCCGCGAGGAAGAGGAGCUGUUCAGGCGCAAGCAGCUGCCGUCUUCCUCCUCCUGGGGCCAGCAGUCAGUGAACAGCAGUGCCUCCACCCAGAACAGCUUCAGCCUGGCUGAUAUUCAGAAGCUGGGAGAUGCCCGGGCGUGCCGGGAGCUACGGGAGGAAUGCCGUCAGCAGGAGCUGUUGCUGAAACUACUGCAGCAGCAGAAUUCGCACCCGCUCUGGGGAGGGCUGGCCAAACAGAAUGUCUCCAUGAAGGCUUUGCAGGACCUGCAGCAAGAGACGGAGCGGCACAUGCAGAAGCAGCAGCGGGCGCAGCAGAGAGUGCAUGGGGGCCACAGCCUGAACAGCCUGCCCACUCAGUGGGGAGUGGACUCAAGCCCGCUGUGGGGGGGCCACGAGAAAAGCGGCUCCCUCAGCCUCUGGGAGGAGAGUGUGUGAAGGAAAAUAAUGUAAAGGCCCCUGGCCCAGAGCCUGCGAAGCUUAAGAACAGUAAGCAGCCUUAAGC